AUGAAGACCAGCGACUCCGAUGUUUCUAUUCACCUGGAGAAUGCAUCCCCGAAGCAACCACUCCAGGAUUCAUCGGGAGAUGAAGACAGCAGACUUGUUUCACCCCAGGAUCCACGGAACUGGCCUCUGUGGAAGAAAAAUGCUCAAAUCCUGAUGGUUGCUUUCCACUCCAUGAUGGGAACCUUCAUGGCUGCCGGAAUUAUUCCAGCCUAUGACAAAUUCGCUGAAGAAUACGGUGUCACGGUACCGGACGCUAGUUAUUUGACCUCCUUUCAGAUCCUGCUGCUCGGACUUUCACCUUUAAUCUGGAAUCCCGUCACUGCCGCAUACGGUCGGUACAAUGUCAGUCUUCUUUCGGUGCUUGGAAGCAUGGCCUGCAAUAUCGGCGGGGCUCGAUGCACAUCUUAUGGUGCUCAAAUGGCCACGCGCGUCUUGACGGCUUUCCUCAUCUCGCCGCCGAUUGGAAAUGGGAGUGGUGUGAUCACACAGCUGUGCGAACCCGAAAAGCGGGCACAGAAGCUGGGCUGGUGGACGCUUAUGACGACCAUUGGAACCCCCGCAGGUCCCUUUUUUAUGGGCUUUGUGACGAAACAUAUUGGGGUACAGUGGAUUUUCUGGAUCUUCGCGAUCAUCAACUUCUGCCAAUUUCUGUUAUACCUGGUGAUUGGAGAUGAGACGAUAUACAACCCGGAUACUGAACGUGACAACUCCAAGGCGUUCAGCAAAUUAAUCCCGCGGCGGAUCAGCUCACGCCAUCUCGGCCUGCAAGAUUUUAUCGCGCCUUUUGCACUGGCUCAGUAUCCUCGCAUAUUAAUCGCAACCUGUGCCCAUGCAAUCACAUUCUGCUACGCAAAUAUUGCUAUCAUUGUGGAGAUGCCCAUUGCUUUUGGCGAAAAGUUUCAUUUUGACGCCCAGCAGAUAGGCCUUCAGUUCAUUGCCAUUAUCAUUGGAUGUGUCCUUGGUGAACAGGUCAGCGGGCCCAUGUCAGAUUGGUUUCUCCAGCGUGUUCAACAAAAGCGAGGGCACUCGUACCCGGCCGACCGCCUGUGGCUAUCAUACAUUGCGUUUGCGACAAUCAUCCCGGGCUUGUUGACAUGGGGGUUUCAAUUGCAAAAUGCCAGGUCGUGGAAUGUCACUCCCUGUGUUGGUGCUGCCAUUGCCAGUUUCGGAAAUCAGAUGCAGACCACGAUUUUGACGACUUUCGCGGUGGAGAGCAAGAAGGAGCGGGCGGCCGAAGUUGGCAUUUUUAUCAAUAUCUGUCGUCAAAUUUAUGGGUUUAUCGGACCAUUUUAUUUCCCUGAUAUGUUUGCUGCCUUGGGGUUGGGAGGCGCUGCCGGAGUGAUGGUGGCUAUUAUUGGGGGAUGUGCCUUGUUUCCCAUUAUUGCGAUUCAAUUUGUGGCUACCAGAGCAGAUAGUCAGCCACUAGGCAGGAUAAUACGCGCUUGA